AUGUCGUAUGCAGGCAACACACCUGAUGACCGUCAACCAGAGUGCGUAUCACCGAAUCGCCUGAUUGGUCAGCGAAUCCUUGACAUUGACGAAAGUGAGUACGCCUGUAUGCCUCAGACUGAACUCAAUGAGACAAUGACGCACUCGGUCAAUGAAGGUGAAAACUUCGUAAUAGAAUGCAACAUUACAGCGGAUCCAUCACCUGAUCUCCAUUGGCUAACACCUGAUCAUACCGAGCUGUUUCCUAAUACCAAUCAGAUCCCUUUCAUCGUUGACUCAGAAAGCACUCUUACUAUCAUACGAAUCAGAAAGGAAGAUGAUGGAACCUACAGUUGUACUGGUACAAAUGCGGCAGGAACUUUAAACAUUCGAAACGUUGUUAAUGUUGUUGGGACAGGGAAUGCGCCUAUAUUAAAGACUGAUCCACAUCUUCAAUCUAGCACAACUAUAACUUCUCAGCAGAGUGAACCACUAAAGGGUGACGAGAAUUCAACGUUAGUGAUCAGCAUCGCUGUUGUUGCUUUCCUCAUUAUACUAGUUGUAGUGGUCGUGAUUGUCGCAGUCAUUCUCAGAAGGAACGGCGAUGAUCGAUAUACAGAUACUGAUACAUUACAGCGUCAACCAACAACAUCUGUGUUCGAUCCUCCAUCUCACUAUUCCACUAUACCACUAUCACCGAACGAUGACAUAUACCAGGAGAUAAAACAUGAGGAUGACUUGUAUGAGAAGCCUCGAGAGCCUGGUGACAUGUCUCCAGCGUCAAUCAGACCCGACCAUACCUACAUGGCACAUGUACUCCGUCAAGACUCGUUUGUUUCGAAUGAAAGCGGGGGCGUCCCAGCAGGUUACGAACGAUCGAUGGUACGCGAUGUCGGCAAACCAAAAAGUGACACCUCAUCAACUCCUGGUUCAGAUGGUGGUUCAGAUCGGCCGGCUAACGGUGCGCAGAGAAAUAUCUAUGUUGCUACGAAUGAUCGGAAGGGUAACAACCGACAGAGUAAUGUAGAGCAUAACGAAAUGCGAAAUUGGGUCCCAGAUCUCCAUCCAGAAGCGAAAGCGAUGUACGCAAACAUAAAACGAACCUAG